AUGACGAAGUCAUCAUAUGAUAUGAGUUCUCUCUCACACCAAAUUUUUGCUUUUCGGCAUUUCACUCUGUCUGAAAAUUUGAAGUCAUUGUCCAAACGCAUUCACACCCUCGCAGCCCUUCAACAUUUGUCAAUAUGCGAUCUUCCAAAUCUGGAGUCAUUUGCAGAAGAUGGGGGUUUGCCUCCCGACCUCCUAUAUUUUACCAUUGAAAAUUGCAACAGACUGAGGGCUUCAGUGGGAGAGCACUGGGAUUUGCAAGGACUUGUCUCUCUUGAAGAAUUUACAAUUGGUGGCAGGGGAAGUGAUGAUAUCUUGGAGAUGUUGCUCAAGCAACAGUUGCUCCCUUCCACUCUUUACAUUCUCCACAUCAAUAGACUAUCAAGUCUGAAAUCUUUGGACAGAAAGGGACUUAAAAACAUCACUUCUCUUUCUUUUCUGAGUAUCUCCAAGUGUUUUUCCCGGGAGAAAAGAAGGCUGUUGUCUCCCUUAAACACUACAAUUGGUGGCGGGGGAAGUGACGAUAUCUUCGAGACAUUGCUCAAGGAACAGCUGCUCCCUUCCGCUCUUCACACUCUUCGCAUCUGGGGACUUUCAAGUCUGAAAUCUUUGGACGGAAAGGGACUUGGACACCUCACUUCUCUUCGAGAGCUAUAUAUUAGUGAGUGUGACAGUAUCCAAUUCACUUCUCUCCAACCGUUAUGGCCUGGAGAAGCGGCUGCUGAGUUGGGAAUCUCUGAUUUUUUGGUAGCAUCAAACUCGCAGGAAGUUGUGGCUUUACUGAAGGGAAAUGGAGAGCUAUGGAGUAAUCUGGGUAAUAUUGUGGAUGACAUUAGAAGGUUGCUAGUAGAAUUGUGUGUUAGUGAUGUUAUUUUUCAGCCGCGUUUGGGUAAUCAGGUAGCUCACUCUUUGGCGCAGUUUGGGUUGCGAGAACAGCAUCAUUCUUUCUGGGAUGGUCUUCCUCCUGACUGGCUUGUAUCACUGUUAGUAACAGACAUGGAGGGUGGGUAG